CCCAUUUUCCCAACCACCAGCUACAUCCUGACCCAUACGUCACUUACACGUCGAUCGAAACCUCUUUGAUUUGAGCCUAUAAAUAGGCAUCAAAGUUGCACUCCAAUUUCAUUCCAUCCAAUCGAGUGGAAAAUGGGUUCCAAAACAGUUGUUCUCCUUGCCCUUUUGUUGGCCACUGUUCUUUUCAUUACCUCCGAGGUCACAGCCGCCAGAGAUUUGGUCGAGACUUCUACUAAUUUCAAGGAAACUACUGAACAGACAAACAAUGGGGUAGAGGACGCCAAGUAUGGUGGAUACAAUGGCGGCGGAGGGUACAAUGGCGGCGGAGGGGGGUACAAUGGUGGCGGAGGGGGGUAUGGAGGGGGAUGCCGUCAUAGAUGCUGUCGUUAUGGAAGGUGCGGGUGCUGCUCUGAAGAGGCCGUGGAAAAAGGAAACUAAUCGGAGCAAAUGCCUCACGGCCGUGCCGGAUCGAGGAAUGUUAAUUGCAAUAUUGUGUUGCUUUUGUAUCAGGAGCCUUGAAUAAAAAGCAUGAGGGGAGGUGAUCCCAUCAUGCCCUUUCUAAAAUUUAAGUUCUCCCAUGGGGGAACGAUAAGUGUGUUUAAUUA